GUCGUGAUCGGCAUUGACAGCCACCUGUCUCUUCCUUCGGGGCCAGAUGGAAUCAAGGGUGUAGGGCUCCGGUGGGCUGCUCAAGCCGAGAUAUUCUUCCUGGUUAUCUACACGCUGGAGCUGUCCAUCCGAGCAAUUGCCAUGCAGUCGCAGGUCAUUCGGGAUGGCUGGUUCAUCUUCGACGCCGCCCUGGUCACCAGCGCAUAUGUGGAACAAGUUUUAUCCUUCACCUCAUUCCAGAAUGAACAGCAGCUCCUCAUCUUGCGGCUGCUUCGACUCAUCCGACUGGUGCGAACCUUCCGGAUGAUUCGGCAGAUCAAGUCCAUUUGGAGACUUUUGUAUGGCCUCCUGACCUGUGGCGAACUGCUGAUCUCCACCUUUGCGCUUCUUGGGAUGGUUCUGUACGUAUUUGCAGUGCUGGGGCUGGAAGUCAUUGCUUCGAACGACGAGCUCCUGAAAGACGACACCACACGCCCUAUUCUCGACGAGCGGUUUAGCUCGCUGGGCGUGACGAUGAUGACCUUGACACAGUUUGUCACGCUGGACUCCCUUUCCAACUUGUACCUGCCGCUGAUCAAAAAGAAUGCCUGGCUCAUGAUCUACUUCACGGCCCUGAUCACCAUUGUAUCUAUUGCGCUCAUGAACUUGGUCACUGCGGUGCUCGUCGAGGGCGCUCUGGAGCAUGCGCGGCAGGACCGGGAGCUAGAGGCCAAAGUCGGAGUGGUCACUGCCAAGCAAAUGCUACCUGGCAUUCUGUCACUCUUCGAUGCAGUGGACCAAGACGGCAGCGGGGAGAUUGUGAUUGAGGAGAUGGAGAAGUUCGAGAAUAGCGGACUCCACCAGGUCCCUCCCCAUUUCCUGGACAGGGCCUCUGUGGAAAGCAUGACGGAGCUCUUCGACAUGUUGGACGUGGACAAAUCUGGGCGCAUAAACAAGGAUGAGUUUACUGAGGGAAUUCUGGACAUUUUCCUCCGAGAUGUCCCACUGUCAUCACUGCAGAUGAUGAAGAUGUUGCGCAUCUUACACAAGUCGACGCAAACCUUGGAGGUUGAGCUGGAUGUCGUGAAGGGAAUCAUUCAUGACUUUCGGCACCCGGGUCAAAACACCAUUGCAUUUUAG